CUCGGCUUCCUCAGUGUGCUUUCCGGGUUUGCUGGAUGGGAAGUUUCCUGUAUUUGUCACAGACACAUACUGUAUUCAGUUUUAGUCAUGGGCUGACAUACGGUAACAACACUUAGAUCCUCUGCAGUUUUAAAUCCUCUGUGCAGAGUGGCAUCAAAGAAAAGAACUUGUAGAGUUGCACCUUCUGAAUCCCAGCAGAUAUGGCAAGCGUGAUCACUGCUAAAAGUCUGGACUACAUCGACUUGGCCUCUUUGAGAGAACCUGCUGGAAUAUUUGAGCUAGUUGAAGUGGUUGGAAAUGGGACAUAUGGACAAGUUUAUAAGGGAAGGCACGUUAAAACCGGACAACUUGCAGCGAUUAAAGUGAUGAAUGUAACAGAGGAAGAAGAGGAAGAAAUAAAACUUGAAAUAAACAUGCUGAAAAAGUAUUCCCAUCACAGAAAUAUUGCCACGUAUUAUGGGGCAUUUGUGAAAAAAAGUUUGGCAGGCCAGGAUGACCAACUAUGGCUGGUGAUGGAAUACUGUGGAGCAGGCUCAGUUACAGAUUUGGUGAAAAAGACCAAAGGCAACUGUUUCAAAGAAGACUGGAUUGCAUACAUCUGCAGAGAAGUUCUUAGGGGUUUGGCACAUCUCCAUGCGCACCAUGUAAUUCAUCGGGAUAUUAAAGGCCAAAAUGUUUUGCUGACAGAAAAUGCAGAAGUAAAGCUGGUGGAUUUUGGUGUGAGUGCUCAGCUGGACAGGACCAUAGGCAGAAGAAACACUUUCAUCGGAACGCCAUACUGGAUGGCACCCGAGGUCAUAGCAUGUGAUGAAAACCCAGACUCAACAUAUGAUUACAGAAGUGAUCUCUGGUCUUUGGGAAUAACGGCAAUAGAAAUGGCAGAGGGAUCUCCACCCCUGUGUGAUAUGCACCCCAUGAGAGCCCUGUUCCUUAUCCCUAGAAACCCUCCACCAAAGCUGAAAUCCAGGAAAUGGUCAAAGAAAUGCAUUAAUUUUGUCGAUAGCUGCCUCGUUAAAAAUUACUCCCACCGACCCACCACUGAAACUCUGCUGAAGCAUGCUUUCGUUCGAGACAUACAGAAUGAAAGGCACAUUCGUAUAAUGCUUAAGGACCACCUGGAUAGGACGAGGAAAAAGAAAGGAGAAAAAGAUGAAAACGGCUAUGAAUACAGUGGGAGUGAGGAAGAAGAUGAUGAACUCAAUGAAGAUGAAGGAGAACCAAGCUCCAUUGUUAAUCUUCCUGGAGAAUCGACUCUGCGUCGUGAGUUCUUGCGACUGCAGCAGGAAAACAAGAACAGAUCAGAUCCUCAGAGACCGCAGCAAUUACAGCAGCAGCAACUGAAGGACCAGGAGAAAUACAAAAUGCAGCUCCAGGCCGAACGCCAAAAGCGCAUCGAGCAGCAGAAGGAGCAAAGGAAAAAGCUGGAGGAUUUCCAAAGGAGAGAAAGAGAUCCACAAAAGUGCCAGGAAUAUCAGCCAAGAUGGCCAGAGAUGAAGGAAGAUGUAAAAAGUGAUGGAAAGAGAAGAGAAGACAGGAAGCGUGUGGAACAGGAGAGGUGCCUUUUCACAGAUGCACUUGAUAAAAAUGACAGGAAACAGCAAGAAAAUCUAAAGCAUAAAGUUGAUUAUGGAGAAAAGAAGAAAACAGAAGUGCCACAGCAUGGAGGGAAGCCAGAGGAAAGCCAAUCCCAAAAGAAAUGUCAACGUACCUUACCCAAAGAUCAGACACAGCUACUGUUUCUCCAGCAUGAUCACAAAGAAAAAAACCUUGAACCACCAAAAAAUAUGUCAAAUCAUAUACCCGUUGGCAUCGGUUUGGAGGUGCAAGAAAAGAAAAAGACCUGUGCUGAUCAGAGUAACAUGAAAUGGCCAAUUCUUAUGCAUCCAGCACACACCAGGCUUGGGUCAGGAAGCAGUUCCAGUCCGUGUACUCCAGCUUUACCAAGGGCAGUACUACCAGAGAAUCAGAAUCUCCGCUCCAGCAGAGACAAUCAUUACAGCAGCUCCCUGUCUGACAUGGUCAUAACUCCUCUGACUCCUGGAACGGAUGAUGUGUUCUGGGGGGCCAUAAUCAAUGAAGAGCCACCUCCCAAGGUUCCUUUACGAACUACAUCCAAGUUUUACAACAAAGAUAUCCAAGGCCACCAGAGAAGUCCAUCCGGCAGUAUUCUUCAGCCAUCUCCAAAGGAACAGCCUGAAAAAUCCCGCAGCAGUCGAGGUUCAGCAGAAAGCAGCACCCAAAGCAAUCGAUUGCCAUCAGGGUCCUCCAAAGAGAGUCAAGUACAGAACCACCUCCUUCAGCAGUUCAGAAAGCCAGAAAAUGUAGCACAUCCUGAUGCCUACAAGAUAUUGAGUCCGAGUUUCAUAGGGAGAGGGACGGACAAUCCACACUUAAAAGCGUCAUAUUAUUCAUCAUCGAGUGAUGAGAUGGGCAGCAGUGACGAUGAUGCCCAGAAGAAAAGGAAACCACUGAGCAAUGGCAUGAAUGUAUCAAGGCCAAGAAUCCCUGACGGAGUUAAGGAGAAAGCUCAAACAAACAUACUUGAACACAAGGUAGCUGAAAAGCAAAGUUGUAGCAACAAACAUGGAAUCUGGGGCUCCUACAAUCAAAAUUAUCUCCUGCCAGAUCUCUUACAACAGAGUCAUCUUCCAGAGACUUCAGGGAUUCAGCAUAAAACUCCUCAAAACUGCCAGGGACUUUUGAACAAAUCUUUAAAUGAUCAGGCCCCUCAUGGUGAAAAUGUGCAGCAGAAAAACAGCUCAUCAUCUACUGCGUCAUUUAGCCCAUUUAUUGACCCAAGGCUUCUUCCAGUGUCCCCCCCAACAAGCCCAAGUGGAUCUUCUCCUAUCUCAAAAGUGGAACCUUUCCGGAGAGAAAAUGCAAGAAAAGGAUCAGUUGUCAAUGUUAAUCCAACGAACAUUCGACCUCAGAGUGACAGCCCAGAGAUUCGGAAGUAUAAGAAGAAAUUCAAUUCUGAGAUACUUUGUGCAGCUCUCUGGGGUGUCAACCUGCUGGUUGGAACAGAACAUGGCCUGUGGCUACUAGACAGGAGCGGACAGGGAAGGGUAUAUCCACUCAUAAGCAGAAGACGAUUUUAUCAAAUGGAUGUUCUGGAAGGUCUAAAUAUUUUGAUAACUAUAUCAGGUAAGAAGAACAAACUAAGGGUUUAUUAUUUAUCUUGGCUGAGGAACAAGAUCCUACGGAAUGAUCCAGAUGUGGAGAAACGGCAAGGCUGGGUAUCAGUAGGAGAUCUGGAAGGCUGUGUACACUACAAAGUUGUUAAAUACGAGAGGAUAAAAUUUCUAGUCAUUGCAUUGAAGAACUCCGUGGAAGUAUAUGCAUGGGCACCAAAACCAUAUCAUAAAUUUAUGGCUUUUAAGUCAUUUUCAUCUCUUCAUUAUAAACCAUCGUUCGUUGACCUUACAGUGGAGAAUGGUCAGAGGCUGAAGGUGAUAUAUGGUUCAUCAGUGGGAUUUCAUGCAAUUGAUGUUGAUUCUGGGGCAGCAUAUGACCUCUACCUUCCUACACAUAUCCAAGGAAAUAUUCACCCACAUGCUAUCAUCAUUCUGCCCAACACAAAUGGUAUGGAACUAUUGGUGAGCUACGAAGAUGAAGGAGUUUACAUAGAUACAUACGGACGCUUCACAAAAGAAUCUAUUUUGCAGUGGGGGGAAAUGCCUGCCUCUGUGGCGUACCUUCAAUCUAACCAAAUCAUGGGUUGGGGAGAGAAAGCAAUCGAGCUGCGGUCUGGUGAAACUGGAACCUUAGAGGGUGUCUUUAUGCACAAGAAGGCUCAAAAGCUCAAAUUUUUAUGUGAAAGAAAUGACAAGGUGUUUUUUGCUUCGGUGCAAUCUGGAGGCUGCAGUCAGAUUUAUUUUAUGACGCUUGGACAAAAUGCCCUGUUCAACUGGUAAACCAGUUUUGGAUAGCAAAACUGAUUGCUUUUUAUUAAAGGGGACAUAAGCCUUCCCUAAAACUAGACUCUCUUGCACCCUUAACUCUCGAAAGUAGAUAUCUUGACCUUAAGUACAGGUGCAAGGGAACGUAGCAUUGUUUUUGUACAGUGUUGCUUUGAGAAUCCAUCUCUAUUGUUGCUGGGCGACAGAUUUAAACAUGAUAAUAUGCUGUAAAAAGCUGGGUGCUCUAGGGCAGCAACAUUUGAACGAAGCAACAUUGCUGUGGAAGGUUUGUUACCUUUACACGACAAGCUGACACCUUGCUGGUUCCUGCACAUGACAGAUGUGUUUAUUUGAUGUCAUCUUGCAAAAUAAAUGCACUGGAAAAUGUA